AGAGAGAGAGAGAGCAGCUGCAGAAAUUAACCCGAGCUGAAUUUGCAGUGAUUCCGGGCUGAAGAAGAGGAGAAAAGGCAGCAGGAGGAGGAAAGAAGGAAAGAUGUCCUCGUCUGGGAAAGAUAACAGCGCCCUGCACGCGAAUUAUGUGGGACCGUACCGCCUGGAGAAGACGCUGGGAAAGGGACAGACAGGUCUGGUGAAAUUGGGAGUCCACUGCGUCACAUGUCAGAAAGUUGCCAUAAAGAUUGUGAACCGGGAGAAACUCAGCGAAUCAGUAUUGAUGAAGGUGGAGAGGGAAAUAGCCAUUCUGAAGCUCAUAGAGCAUCCUCAUGUAUUGAAGUUGCACGAUGUCUAUGAAAAUAAGAAAUAUUUAUAUUUGGUUCUAGAGCACGUUUCAGGAGGAGAGCUGUUCGAUUAUCUGGUAAAGAAGGGCAGGUUAACACCCAAAGAGGCUCGAAAGUUCUUCAGACAGAUCAUCUCUGCACUGGACUUCUGCCACAGCCAUUCAAUAUGCCACAGAGACCUGAAGCCGGAGAACCUGCUGCUGGACGAGAAGAACAAUAUCAGGAUAGCAGAUUUCGGAAUGGCUUCUUUGCAGGUUGGAGACAAUCUGUUGGAAACAAGCUGUGGCUCUCCGCACUACGCCUGCCCAGAGGUGAUCAGGGGGGAGAAAUAUGAUGGGAGGAAAGCAGAUGUCUGGAGCUGUGGGGUCAUUCUCUUCGCACUUUUAGUGGGUGCUUUGCCAUUCGACGACGAUAACCUGAGGAACCUGCUGGAGAAGGUGAAGCUGGGGGUUUUCCACAUGCCUCACUUCAUCCCGCCAGACUGUCAGAACCUGCUGAGGGGAAUGAUCGAAGUGGACGCAACCAAAAGACUAACGUUAGAACAGAUACAGAAGCACACGUGGUACAUAGGAGGGAAGAACGAGCCGGAGCCAGAGCAGCCCGUCCCGCGAAAAGUGGCCAUCCGGACGCUGCCCUCGGCCGAGGACAUCGAUCCAGACGUACUGGAGAGCAUGCACUCGCUCGGCUGCUUCAGGGACAAAAACAAGCUGAUGAAAGACCUGCUGUCGGACGAUGACAACCAAGAAAAGAUGAUUUACUUCCUGCUGCUGGACCGUAAGGAGAGGUAUCCCAGCCACGAGGACCAGAACCUUCCCCCUCGCAACGAGAUCGACCCUCCCAGGAAGCGGGUCGACUCUCCGCUGCUGACCAGACACAACAAGAGGAGGCCGGAGAGGAAGUCCAUGGAGGUUCUGAGCGUGACUGAGGGAGGUUCUCCGGUACCGGUCCGACGAGCCAUCGACAUGAGCCAGCACGGACAGAGGUCGAGGUCCAUCAGCGGAGCUUCAUCCGGUCUGUCCACCAGCCCACUCAGCAGUCCACGGCCUGUGAGACGCUUUUUUAUUCCCCCACAAUCCUCGGAGCUCACGCAGUCGCCCAAUCACAGCCCCAGCCACUCGCCCCGGGCCAAUGGCACCGCCCCCCACUCGCCCUGCGCCUUCCAUCCAAAGACCGGAGCCCUUCAGCCCAACAACAAAACCCAGACCCUUCCAGCAAAACCCAAAGUUGCCGAGAAGCCCCUCCAGAGCACCAUGUCCAACCCCCUCCCCAACACCACACCCACGCCCUCUGCCGCCAAAUCCGAGCCUUCCACGCCCUCCACGCCCACCCACCCCCUGUCCCCGUCCAUCACCAACAGCCCCAAGGUGCGCAGGCCGCCCCUUACCGUUCCCCCCAAGCUCUCUGUUCCACUUUCUCAGGCAACGCCCCUCUCGCCCAUCCGGCUACACCACCACCACCUGCACCCGCUGGCCGGGACUGACCACAACGGCAAAUCUAUCCCCGCUGUACAGGUCACCCCUCACCCUUCCCCCCGGGGCAGCCCCCUCCCGACCCCCAAGGGAACGCCCGUCCACACGCCCAAGGAGAGUCCGGCCGGCACCCCCAGCCCCACGCCGCCCCCCAGCCCGUCCAUCGGGGGCAUGCCCUGGAGGACACGCCUCAACUCCAUCAAGAACAGCUUCCUCGGAUCGCCGCGGUUCCACCGCAGAAAACUGCAAGUGCCCACACAAGAGGAAAUGUCCAGCCUAACGCCGGAGUCUUCCCCCGAACUUGCCAAAAAGUCCUGGUUUGGUAACUUCAUUAAUCUAGAGAAGGAGGAGCAGAUCUUCAUAGUGAUUCAGGACAAACCUCUGAGCUCCAUCAAAGCGGAUAUAGUCCACGCCUUUCUCUCGAUCCCCAGUCUCAGUCACAGUGUGGUGUCUCAGACGAGUUUCCGGGCGGAGUAUAAAUCCACCGCCGGCCCCACCGUCUUCCAGAAACCCGUAAAGUUCCAGGUGGACAUCACCUACACGGAGAGCACGUCGGCCACCAAGGAGAACGGCAUCUACUCCGUCACCUUCACCCUGCUCUCAGGUCCCAGCCGACGCUUUAAACGAGUGGUGGAGACGAUUCAGGCUCAGUUGUUAAGUUCACACGAUCAGCCGGCCGUCCAGCAGCUGUCCGGCAGCCCAUUGAGUAGCUUCUUUGACGUAAUUAAACAGCUCUUUUCAGACGAGAAGAACGGGCAGGUGCCCCACGCCGCGGGCACGCCCAAGCACGGUGCCAACAGCAAGAAACACGAGUCCGAUUCUAAUACCUCCAAAUGCCCAGCGGGCAAAGACAAAGCCAAGGUGGCACCUUCAGUUGGGACACAGGAGCAGCCUUAAGUAGAGACGGAAAUGUCCUGAUCUGAUCUGAAUACGUAAAAUAAGCUUUUGGCUCAGUUGAGUCGGACACUAAACGAACUGUUUUGGUUUUUAUUUUUACGCUGGAAUGAUUACUGCUGUAGAGUAUUACAUCACGAGUCCAUACUUUACACAAGACACGUACAUAUACAUAAACACAAACAGUGUUGAGUGCUUUAAAGUAGGGCUGUACGAAAUGGACGGUAUGAAAAUCGCAAUAUCUCCUAUUUCGCAACAUUGAUAUAAAAUUGCCUUGGUUGCACUCAUUUUUGCUUAUUUACACGCUUAUGAACUAUAAUGUUGGCCCACCCUCCGCAGCUACAAAAGUACAAAAAAAAACUCUUCUGGGAAGGCUUUCCACGAGGUUUAGGAGUGUGUUUAUGGGAAUUUGGAUGAGACACAGAUGUUGGACGAAAAGGCUCUGUUCUAAUUCAUUCCAAUGGUGUUCUAUCAAGUUCUUGCACACCAAACUCAUAAAGACAGCUCAUCCAGGUCUUUAUGGAGCUUGCUUUGUCUACAGGUGCUUAGUAGUCAUGUUGGAACAGGAAUUAGCCGUCCAUAAACUGUUUGAGCAAAGUUGGGGCAUUAAGAUUGGCUAAAGCAUUAAGAGUUAAUUUCACUGGAACUGGAAGGGGCUAAACCCAACUCCUAUAAAAAAAAAAAAAAACCCCUGCGCAUAAUCCCUCCUCCACCAAACUUUACACUUGCAGGCACAAUGCAGUCAGACACGUAACGUUUUUCUGGCCAAUGCCAAACCCUUGGAGAAGCUUGAUUGGCCACUCCAGAGAACGUACCUCUACUUUUCUAGAGUUCAACAUCCCUACGUUUUGCUUUGCACACUCUGCUCCUCAGUAUUCGUGUAUUGUACAGCCCUACUUUAAGCACACGUUUGUUUGUAUUACUCUGUUGCUGUUUUUCUUUAGUUUUCUGCAUCUCCUGUGCAUUUGUGAUGGUUUUUGCCCAUUUCUGCUGCCAGGGAUAAUCCAGAAAUCGUGUUAGAGGCCAGCCGAUUGGUGUACAGUAUGUCGACGGACGAAGGCACAUUACACAGCAAGUACAAGCUACAGAUGGACGCUCCUCAACGCUGACACUAUACGAGAACAUAUAUAUGAACCACGUAAACCACCCCGAAAACUCAACUCCGCCCAGAUGCGUCUACAGAUGUUUAAACGUCCACUGGAAGCCAAACUUCUGAAGAAUUGUGAAGAAAAAGCCUUAAGAAAAAAAAAAAUCAACCAACCAACCUAUUCCACAACUCUACGCUAUUCUAAUUACUUAAAGUCUUUUUUUUUUCUUCGUCAUUCAGGUAAUAUAUUUUAAGUUUUUGGGUCAAUAUUUUUUUUCCUUUUAUUUUUUUAUUAUUAAUUUCAUAAUUAUUUCUUAAAGCAUCUGCAGGAUUCAGAGACAUUCCUUCAUUUUUUUUUUUGUAUUUAUUGGAAUUUUCUAGGGUUUAUUUCGUUUUUAAUUUGUCUUACGCUUUCUGAUUUUACAGACUAAACUUAUAGGUCUCUAUUUUGAGAUUUAUGAUUUUUAGGUUAAAGAGAAACCCUGAUUUCAGAGUUUUGUACCUUGAUUUUUUUGUGUGUAAUUAAUUUAAUCUUUUGUGCAAAACUUUGAAAUAUUGAUUCAGCAGAAAAUGCUGUAAUCACAAGCUUAAUAUAAAGUCUGUAAACUUUUACACAUUUUAUUUCUUAAAAUUUGUUAAGUUUGUUUCCAUUUUUAUUUAUUUAUUUUUUUUAACCCCAACACACGCUAACACCAACACUAACACACACACACACACAAAUGCCAAAAGGACACACACUGGACGUCCUGGACACUGCAGCGUUUGAGGAGCCGCCCACUUUACGGACCCUCGUUGGAUUGUAUUCUCUUCAAUGUAGUCUUUCUUUAUGAACGACAGAAUUUAAAUAUUUUAUGGACUUCGUGUCAUUGCUGUACAAGAUUUUGAAAUCUUAUUUGGGAAACAGAAAUUUGGGUGGUCGCCUAUUUUGGGGUGGAAUUGUGGGAUUUUAAUGAAGGGGCGGGGCUGAGUGGGUGGGCGGGAUUUCGAGGUAAUGUUUGAAAUGUUUCAGCAAAUGAUCUAUUCUCCUGUACAGACUGUAUACAGUAUGUUCCUUACGUAAAAUGUCAAAAAAUGUAAAAAUUCGUCUAGCUGUGAAUUUCGCUUGGACUGAUUGUGUUGCCAGUUGUUUUUCUUUCUAUUCAUUUUUUUUUAUUAUUAUUAUUUUUAGAAUUAUUGUUAAGCUAUGUUAAUGUAUUUUAAUUUUGAGAAUUGAUGUACAUUUUUUUGUUUUCUUUUUCAUUUUCUUCUUUAUUAUUUUUGGAAAAAAGCAUCUGCGGGAUUCAGAGACCUUUGGCCAUAGUUGUGUAUAAUUUUACGUGCAAGUUAUUUAUUGAUCAUGCUUUUUUUUAACACAUUUUUUUCUUUAAUUUAUUUAUUUCAGCUGGGGCUAUUUAUGAACCAAAAUGGGGGUAGUUUAGUGUUUGUAUCGGAGCUACUUGUCCGGAUUGUUUGAAGAAUUUCGUCAUUUUGUGUUUGUUACAAACUCAUCCGGUUUCUUGGUGAAUGAAGCACUCUGUUCUUUCCCCGGCUUUGACCAGAAGAAGAGCUUGUAGUAUAUGUUUAAAUUAUUUACCGGUAAUUUAAGAAUGUAGAGUAGCCUCUUUACGGGGGGUGGGGCGGCGGGAGGGGAGGGAUAUGAAGUUACAAACUCUUGAUAUUUGUCACUUUUCAUCUCAUAGUGCGUGUUCAACAGGUCAACACACUCGGACAAAAAAACCCACAUGAUGUAAAUAGUCGACUUUUUUGGCAAUGAAUUUCUUACAGGCACUGAGGGGGACGCUCCGGCUCCCGGCUGUGUUCUUCUCGAAUUUUGCCGUUUGCAUGUCUGACAUUCGGCUUUUCUUUGCAUGAUGUUGUAGAUGUUCGAUUUUACCCACUUUUUUACCCUUUGUCCCUUUUAUUCUUUCACAGGGUGUCUGCAGUUCCUUAGAAAGUAUUGAUUUGUCUUUAUUUUAUCGUUUAUAGUCUUAAUUUGUCUUAAACUGUUAAAUCCAUUUUUCUUUUAUCAAGUUCCUACUUCUUGUGAAACUUUUUUAGAACAAACAGCCCACGUCCAUUCUCCCCUGCAUUCCCAAAUACAGUGCUUUUAGUCUUUUAUGUAAAGAAGUGUAUUUUUACACCAUUACCAAACUCAAAAUAUCACAUAUCACAUUUCACAUUUAUCACAUUUUAUUUGUAGAAUUCUGAGGAUCCUGACAUUUAAAACAAGGCACUCAGAGCUUUAAAAGUGCACAGAUAUUUGAUUAAAAACAGUUUUAACACACAGUAGCAAGAAGAAAAUUAAUUGUGCAAUCCAUUCCCUUAUUCUUUUUUUUUUUAAUGUAUAUUUUGUUUUUAGCCUAUUCGUUCUUGCUACUGUGUGUAAAAACACUGUUUUUAAUAAACUAUUUGUGCACUUUAUAGCUCUUAGUGCUUUGUUUUAAAUGUCGAAGCUCUUAGAAUUCUAUAAAUAAAGUGUGGAGCUACUUUGAGUUUGUUCAUGAUGUAAAAAAUAGACAGUUCUUUGCCUGAGUAACUCUAUGCCCUUAUCACUAGCAUUACAAACCUGGUGGGAGGAUCAGCUAAAGCUGUGUACUUGGGAAUGCAUGUUUGUACUCGUUAUGAUUCUCUAUACUGGAGUUUUCCUUUAAUUGUAAAGAAUUUUCAGGAUUCAAAAAAGUCCAAAAAGCAGUAAAAUACAUAGUUUUUAAUGUAUUUUUUGCACAUUGCAUUUUUUUUAUUUCUGAUUUAACAAUUAGUCUAAUUUAACAGACUAACUAAUUGCAUUAUUUACGGCGUCUGUUGAGGGUGCUAUUUUCAGAUUUAUUUUAACCCUCUUAGAGGAUACUGUAGGCUUUAAAAUUCCCAUUUUUUGCAGUUUUGUGCUUUAUUGUUAAUUUUUUUAGUGUAUGAAAAAUGUCCCUUUUUUAUGAAGCAAAACUAAUUAGUUAAAUAUCGAUUUUGCAGGAAAUUAGCUUACGCUAAAGUCUGUAAACUCAAUAUUGGUGUUGAACCUUAAUUUAGUUUAAGACUGAAUUACUUUUUUAUUUUAUUUUUAAACCUGCAGAUACCCUGUAUCAGGACCAUCCACUCGUUUCCCUUUUUACUGUUAUUUUUUUGUUUCUCGUCAUGCUCAUUUUUGUUCACAUUAUUUCUUUACUCUUUUUUAUUUCUGUUUAUUUGUUGUACGACUCUGAUUUUAAGGGUCUUUGCCUCUGUUCCACAUCUCCCAUUGCUUUCUCUACUCUGUACUGGUCUCUCUGGUAGGGGUCUGAUGAUGUGGUUACCCACGCUGUUGCAGGUGGAUGGAGGUCCACGGCCCGGGGAGGGGAUUCUGCUGAAGAGAAAUAAAACUAAGCAAUACCGAU